AAAAAGGAUAAAAAUUGAAUACAAAUUUAUUUAUUAUAUAUUUUAUUAAAACUCAUUAUACAAUACAAAAUAUUUCUUAUAUUACUCCGGAAAUGUUCGAAGUGUUCUUGACCUAUCGUAACAUGUAAAAUAUAACCUUAAAAUGUAAAAUAUGUUGUUAUUUUUAAGAGUAUUGUAUUUUAUAUUACUUUUGAUUAAUUUUACACAAAAUAUCGUUGCAAAUGAAUUUUGUGAUAUACCAGAUGAACAUGGAGAAACUAACAAUAAAUGCAGCGUUCAAUCACGUUACUCGCAAAAUCGUUAUAUACUCUACGAUGUUAAUCCUCCGGAAGGAUUUAACUUAAGAAGGGACGUUUUUAUUCGUGUUGCAGUUUUUAUAAAAAAUUUAAUCAAGCAAGAAAAAGAUUUUAAAUGGCAAUUAGUUUUGCCACCAUGGGGUGAUUUGUAUCAUUGGCGUAGUAAACACAUAGGAUAUCAAACACAAUUGCCUUGGAGUCUGUUUUUUGACAUUUCAAGUUUACAAAAAUAUAUACCAGUUAUUGAAAUAUGUCAGUUUUUACAAGAAUAUCCUUCGGAAAAUAAUGAAACACAUCUUGAUGUUGUAUAUAUUUUACAAAACGACGAAGAAAUGUUCAGGACAGGUAAAUUUGAAGAUAAAAAUGAAAUAAUAGAAUGUGAUGAUAAAUCAUUACAAUUUCAUAAAGUAGAAUCAGAAAAAUAUAUUGGAUAUUUUUGGGGAUAUCAUAAUAUAACUUCUAAAGUUGUUAAGUGUAUUAAAUUUCAUGGUAUGACAUCUGAUCUUAAACAAAAUCUGAAACCUAAUGUUUAUAGGUCUAUAAUGUUUGAUCACAUGGAGAUUGCAUUACAUGACUUUUAUGGUACAAAAGAAUAUUGGAAAGCUAGACGUAGUAUGCGAUAUAAUUCUGAACUAUAUAAUAUUGCUAAUGAAUAUAGAAAAACUUUCCUUAACUCAACAAAUGAGCAUGAUAAGACUGAACGACCAGAUGACUGGACUAAAGAAAAAGGUAUAAGGAAUGCAGUUGGAGGACCUUAUUUAUCAGUCCAUUUAAGAAGACGCGAUUUUUUAAUUGGUCGCCCUUCAACAGUGCCAACAAUACAGUCUGCUGCUUCUCAGUUAAAAAAUAAAUUAGAUGAACUCCAAUUAAAAUCUUUGUUUGUUGCAACAGAUGCAACACAAGAAGAAUUCAGUGAACUCAAACAGUACCUAUCUAAUUAUACAGUUCUUAGAUUUAUUUCAUCAGAUUACGUAUUAAGUAAAUUUAAAGACGGCGGAGUUGCAAUUAUUGACCAAAUAAUUAGUUCCCACGCUAGAUAUUUUAUAGGAACAUAUGAAUCGACAUACACAUUUAGAAUACAAGAAGAUAGGGAAAUCAUUGGUUUUCCUACUAGAACAACAUUUAAUUAUUUAUGUAAAGGUACUGAGAAAUGUGACUCUAAUGGACAAUGGGAAAUUGUUUGGUAAUGUAUAAAAAUAUGUAUGUAUAAGUUAUAUUACACAAUAAAAUCAAUGACUAAGUUUAGACACACAUUUUAGCAUGAUGUGUGUAUAAGUACAAUCUGUUCUUAUA